UGUGUUUCAUAUGUUAAGGGUAUCCAGGCUGAUAAUCCCGCACAGUAUAAAAGCAUCUUUGCUUGACCGGCCUUGGAAACCUGACUGAUUUUUGUGAGUGAAUCUUCUCUGUAGGAACCCUCUUUGCUUCUCCAAACAACAAGAACAUUUGCAGCAUGGUUGCUUUGUUCUUCCCUCUCUACUCUCUCCAGAGUAUAACUGUCUCCUCCUAUCCCUCCCAGCUCGCUACCCCAGGCCUCAGUGAUCUCAUCUUCUCUGCCUUUUUCUUCCAGGACAUUGACUUUCAACAGGAUGAAGAGUGCAACCUGCUCACUUUUUAUCAUCAUCUCCCUUCUUCAACUGAUGAUUCUAGUGAAUACUGAAGAGACCUUAGACUCCAUUAUGAAGAAGCUCAAGGAAGCUCUCAGUCGCCUAGAGCAUCCUCGCCCCACUCUGACUAAGAAUGUCUCCUGCACUACUGUCAAAGCUUCGGGGAAACUGGCUUCCUGUCCAUCUGGGAUGAUUGCUACUGGAUGUUCUUGUGGCUUUGCUUGUGGAUCAUGGAACAUACAGAAUGAAAACAUUUGCCACUGCCUGUGUCCAAUCAUAGACUGGACUCUUGCCCGAUGUUGCGAUCUGAGGAAAUGAGGAAGCAGAGAAUCCAGUUUUGAAAUGACCAUUAUAGUGAAACAGUGAUCCCACCCAGGAAA